AUAUUUGUGAGUAAUCUGCUUUACAUGGAGAGACUAAACCAAAGUGAAUAGGAUAUAUUGAAUUUCAGUAGAGGCGGGUCUGAAGGUUCCAUACAAGGAAGGGGGUCUUGUUGCGGUAGGGUUUAUAGACACGAAAGAUAAGUUUUUUUUCCUUAAAUAUUCCAGUCUUAAUGCUUGAUGGUAGUUGUUUAAAUUUGUUUAAAGCUUCUAGCCUUAAACAGUGGGGAGGGAAGGAUUUAACCAAUGAGGUUAUUACUCCUUUUGAAAUGCAGCGGAACAGCUAUUGUUGACGGAAGGUCAGUUGAAUCAAUCCUCUGACUGGCAUGGUAAUUCACAUGUCAUAAACAACCAUAAGAAAGCAACAGCUUGCUGUACAUAUGGGUGGAGUAAUUUACUAUUUCCAUGCACGUGUGUUAAUACUGGGGAAAAAAAAAGUAUUGUCUUUUCACUGUCAUAGAUAGGAUUGGAUAAAACUGAUAAACUUUUCAUAUUUCACGGAUAUCUUGACAGUUUGUAGGAUUUUAAAAGCCAAAGAUGGAAACCCAUUAGAAAAGAAUUAUAGUCUCCGAAAGCGAGAAGCUUCUGAAAUGGUAAUACAGGAGCAGGUUAAUGAAGUGAUAAAACUGUAAGAAUACUGAUCUGCAGAAGUUCUCUUGCAUAUUGUUUUAGUACGGACUACUCUCAUAAUUUGCAGGGAUAUAUGUAUAAAUGAUUUCUGCAAUUUUUAAAAAACUCAUUCAGCGUUUAGAAGGGGACUUGACUGAACAGGAGAAGGUUUUGGAAGGCCGAUUGUUUUGUUUCCUGCAGUUAAGUCUCAUCCGAUCGCUUUCUGUGUAUAUCUUUCCCAGUAAGUUUUCAGUGUCUUGUCCAGUUUUGUUCAAGUGAAGCAUUAGAGUAGGAAAUGACAGGCUACUUACGACUGCCAGUAUGUUAAACAUCAGGCUGCCUGGAAGAGAGAGCAAAAUUAAUUUUCCACUAAAAGAAGGGCUUCAGGACAAAACAAAAUCUUUUCUGUUUACGACAGUGGAUACCUAAUCAUCAUAUGUGCUUUGGGAUUAGCUGCAGCGUAUGCUAUCUUCUGCCCAGGCUGGGAGGGUGCAAAACAAUUAUAGGAAGAGCUCUGCAUGGGACUUGUGUACUGGCAGGGCCUUGGCAUCAAAGGAGAGCUGGCUGUGCAGGAUGCUGGGAUUAGCGGGACAGAGUAGAGAUUCGGUGGUGUGUGACAGAGAUGCAUAGGAAAUGAGCUUUUAGUCCCAUUGUUCGUGGAACAACUUUGUUACAAGGAAGAUAGAAGGCUUUAUCUUUCUCCACUUUGGAAAGGGCAUUUGAGGAGAUUGAAGAAGUGGAGGCAUAGCGAUGGAUUAUUUAUAGGCCGCACAGCUAGGGAAAGUAUUGUGGCAGAUUGAGGAAAAAAUUAGGUGGAAAAGUGGGUGUUCACUAAGUUCUGUGAAUGAAGUUUUCCUUCCGAGUUAUCUUUCUGUGAACGCUUCAUCAAUGUAUAGAUUCAAAACUUUGUCUUGGCCUUAAACGCAUAAAUAGUUCUUAAAUUUGAUGUGCUAUGAACUGUUCGGGUCUCACACUCUUUUCAUCCCUGGCAAGAUACGAGAACUGAGUUCUACUGAGUCUCCAGACCACUGUCACAACAUAAACUCUGAAUACUAAUGGUGUAUAUAUACUCCGUUCCUAAAAUGUGUUGAUAAGUGCCUUUGCAAAAGCGGUUGUAACCUUUUCAGAAUUUGUGCAAACUUUUCCUGUGUCAGUCGCUUUUCGUCAUGGUGUUUUUCUCUGUAGAAAGAAUUUACAUUAUACUUUGGCUACUAUAGUUUAAAAAAAAUAAAUCCUGCUAACUCUCUUUUCACAGUUCUGCAGCAUCAGAUGUCUCACUGCUCACUAAAGGGGGGGAAGGGGAGAUAAUAUAGUUUUCCUUAGGAAUGAGAAUUUUGUCCUUGAAGAAUGCUCUGACACUUCAAAGUCUGAACUCCUACAGAGGGGAGGCUAUCUCUCUUGAACAAUGGCUUAAUGUGCAGUUGCUUUGAAGACUUCAAAAAGAAAAAAAAAGUUGAUAGUUGAUACAGCCAGAUUUAGCUAUCGCCUUCACUUUUCAGAAGUGGUAGGCAUUCAGCAUCUCUGUUUGAAGAAAACAACUUAAACGUUUUAACUGUCCCUUAUCUAGACCUGAGCAACUAGGAACUUGACACAGGCAUCUACCAAGUCGAGGAAGCAAGAUGCUUUGCAACCCAGAUUUUAACCUAACGUUUGUAAUUGUUCUCUUGAAAUUAAUAAUUUUUAGAGCACACAAGGAAUAGUUAAGACUCAUAAUUCUGUUCCAUAAUUUAAGUGUUUCUCUGCUGUUUAUUAUUAGACAUCAUGCAACUAUAUGCAUGCAUGUCCCCACCCUAGGAUUUAUGUUUUUAACUUCAUCUCAGGAAGGACAAACUCUGUUAACGUGAUGUGGUAAACUAGCUGGAGUUUGUGUUCGCUAGGAUGGUAAUCCAGGUCAUUUGGUCCACUGGUGACUGGUUGGGGAGCUGGGGAGGAAUCGGCCUCCAAUCAUCCUGACUCCAUUACCCCACCAGCCUUCUGGGGUCGGUCUGUGGGAAUCUAACCGACGGGAUAGAGGAAAUCUAACUGCAGUGGGAUAGAGGACAUGUAGGCUUCAGUUCACUUCAGGAUUUGUCUUUUUGCCUCUGAUACUCUAGGAAGCACAUUUUUCACCAGCAAAAAAAAAUGACAGUUGGUGAGAAGGCAUCCGUACUAUGAGAAACUUGUUAAUAUUUGAGGUUUCUGCGGAGGAAUUAUGUCCGGCGGAGCCAAGUUGACUUUUUCACUCCCAUAGCAUCAGCUAUGAAGAACGUACUAGGGGAAAAAAUAAGUGUUAAAUUUGUUGCCACAGGUAAUACGGGCAUUGUAGAAGGCCCAAUAGUGGAGGGCUGUAGGAUGCUAGGGGCUCAGCCUUCAAAAUAAGUACGAUGGCAUCAACCCAUAGGACUUUUGAACCAAAACAAAAUGCCAGCCCUGCAGACAGGGAGUUUUGCAUAAGGACUGAAUGAACCUGAGUCUUUUAAAAUUGAGUAAAGAUCUGCAGAUGGGAUGGAGCAGAUCUCCUUUUUGACGUGACAGCUAGAAGGCGUAUUUGAUGUCAUCAUUCAUCUACUGGACACUGCAGCAUCCCUGUAUAUAUACAGUUGAAGCCGAAUUUAUCAGUUCUGUAUCGAAAGGAUUGUCUCUAACUAGAACCAAAAUGCCCCUUAAUGUGAAUUAGAAAAAAUCCUUUCCCUCCUGCCUAAGUUGAGAUGAGGACACAGAAUCCAUAACUCUAAGCGUUCAGUGUGCUUGUGUGCAUGUCUGCUCAGGCUGGAUGCUGUCCUCUUAGGAGCACUCUGAAGCAUCGUUACAGUUUUUAAGGUGCUUUAUGAUCCUCAGAUGGAAGGUGCUUAGAAAUGAAGUGUUUAUAAUCAGAUAAGUUAGUAGUACAUAACAAGGAUAUAACCAAUUAACACUAGCUGUUAACAGAGCUGUUAGCAUCAGAAAGCUUAAUGGUUAGGUUUUCAAGGGCAAUUGCCCUCUGAAAAGGGAUGUGUGGGUUUUGUAUAUGCUCUGUAUUUUCAUGCUCUAUUCAGUUUUCUGAACCGCCAUGCUGCUGCUUCUCCUUCCACAAUUUUGGUUGGAGAAAUGCUGCAUUAAAAAAAAAACACAAAGUUAUUUUUCUGUGCCAUGGGUAGUCAAGACUUAACCAAUAUGCCAACAGGAACAGAUAUAUGGUGAAGUAUGUUUCAGUUGUUGGCUUGGUUGAAUUUUUAAUACUAAAAUAACAAUCCUGAAGUUGCUUCCAAAUACUUUUUGGAGACAACAUGUGGGUAAUUUUCACCUCAUCAGUGGAAUCCACAAUGCUUUCUGGAAGACAAGCUAAUCAAGGUAAAACAUAGGCCCACAGACAAACCUUUUUAACAGAAUGGUUAAUUAGUCAAGAUGUUUUAUCAGUGCUGCAGUUAUUUAAGAAUUGCCCAUACUCUCUCUCUAUUUUGUUUGUUGGUUAUUUUCUUGGCCCCCCAAAACGCAUUGUGCGUUUAAAAGUUUUGCUUGUUGAACAAGGGCAAGAUGAAAUUUUGCAGCAGUGAUUUACACUUGAUACACAGCAACUCAAUUGAGUGCUUGUUGCUUAAAGACUUAACAGUAUUGUCAACUCCUUGAAUUGAAAGCUUCCAGGACUUCAGAAUGGAGAGCUGGCAAGCCCUACUGAAGUUAAGAGGAUUUAUAAGUCUGAGUAAAACAAUUUGGCUUUGAGGAGGGGAGUAAAAUUAUCUGUAGCUUUAGUGCAUGCUCUCUCAUACUCAGUGUGAACACACGCAUAGGACACGCAGCUGCAACAUUUGAUGUAGUUGGUUUGGGUUUUAUCUUUAGAUACUUAGAGCAAUUAUGUUAUUCUCUUCAGGUCUUGCUGCAAAUGAGAUUUCACCACACUUCUUAAAUUGCAGUGUUUGGAUUAGCUCUGCCACAGAGCUCUGCAGACUGUUAACGUCCAGCAGCCUGAUUCUCUGCUCUGUUUUAGGCACAGCAGAGAAUAAAUAGACACAGGGAGGUUACAGCACAGGCUGUAGUCCUGCUGAAGAACUGCUCUUGUUGGGGGAAUCCCUGAUCUAGAGUUUCUGCACCUUGCCAUGAAGGCAGCUGGUGCAAAACAUGUCAAAAACUGAGCCAUAUUGGCCUUUUAUAGGCCCCUGAUGGUUUUUGAAACAUGUUUAACCAGUGACUUUUGUAGUAUGAUAAUACGUACUAAUGAUUUUUAGUCGAAUUCAUAAGAAGUGCAGCUUUCCCCAAAACUCAUCCCUUUGUAGCGUUCCCCCUUUAGACUCUUUCAAGUUAGUUGUGAUAUAUGCUGUCUUUUUUCAUUGCUAAUGUUGUUGUUGUUUUGUUUUAGGGGAUGGGGGGGAUGGCUUUCUAACUUUACCGAAUUAAAGAUUCCUGUAUGUUGAGGGUCCGAUACCAAGGUGAGCGUGCUGAGCUGCUGUCAGGUGUCUCUGGGCAUGUUUCCAUCGCACUGUGUCGAUUCACGCAUGUUGUACCAGAUCGGCCAACUGGAGCAGGUCUCCCACAGCAGGGCCAGACCUGCUGCUUUGCCUACGUGACCUUGAAUGUGCGGAGACAGCAAUGUCUGCACACAUCGUAUGUUUGCAAUGCACAGAGGUUCUUUGUUUCAGCUGUUGGAGAGUUUACCUGUGGAAGUUGGAGGUGUGGGGAGCUGGGGGUCAGCCUCUUCUCAUAGAUAACUAGUGAUAGGACUAGAGGGAACGGCCUCAAGUUGCGCCAGGGGAGGUUCAGGUUGGAAAUGAGGAGACAUUUCUGCUCAGAAAGAGCAGUCAGGCACUGGGACGGGUUGCCCAGGGAGAUGGUGGAGUCACCGUCCCUGGGGGUGUUCAAGGACAGGUUGGACGUGGUGCUUGGGGACAUGGUUUAGUGGGUGACAUUGGUGGUAGGGGGAUGGUUGGGCCAGAUAACCUUGGAGGUCUCUUCCAAUUUUAAUGAGUCUACGAAGUUGCGGGAAGCAGCUCGCGAGCGCCUGCCUGCUGGUUCAGUCGCAGCCUGGGACUCGACGCCUCAGGUUGGCGCGUGCAGGUCGCCUGGGCAGGCUGCAGUGGGGACCAGGCGAGGACUGAGGGCAGUGUUCAAAUACACGUUCCUCCUGAGGUAAGGGACCCGCGUCCCAGGUGCGUUGCGGGAGCGCGUGGGGCGUCCCCAUUCCGUCCCAUACGUUCGUGAUGAAUUAGCACAAGUGGCUGCCGGGGUGUUAGCUGGCUUUGGGAAGAAGUAGAGCUGCUCUCCGUGUUGUAACGCCCAACCUCGUCACGCAGAGGGUAAAGCGCGGCGGAGCAGCCGAGCCGCUCUCCUCAGCGCCCCGCUGGCCCUUUAAGGCGGGGGGCGGGCCCGGCGGGCGUGAUUGACAGGCGGCCGGCGCCACGUGACCGGGCCCCUAUGUGAAGGUCACCAAGCGCCGCUUCCUUUAGAGAGAGCGAGAGGGAGAGCGAGGGAGGGAGCGGGAGAGCGAGCGAGGGAGGGAGCUCACGCCAAAAUGGCCGACACAGCCUCUGCUGCUGCUGCUUUCUGAGCGCUGCAAGUCGGGGGGGGGGAAUAAAACACACGCACGACAGAAAAAAAAAAAACAAAAACAAACAAAAAACAAACAACCCAGACGCGAAAUUCAGCCCCGGAUCUCUUUCCGUUUCCACUUCCACCUCGUAUGCCUCAACUCGCUGGAUUUAAGCACUGCUGCACUUUAUGAGAGAGAAGGAGCAAGAAAGGGAAGAACAGUUAAUGGAAGACAAGAAAAGGAAGAAAGAGGAUAAGAAAAAGAAGGAAUCUGCUCAGAAGGUCACAGAUCAAAAAACCAAAGUGCCCGAAGUGACGAAACCAAGUUUAAGCCAACCAGUGGCUGCCAGCCCAAUUGGCAACUCUCCAUCGCCACCAGUCAAUGGUGGCAACAAUGCCAAAAGGGUGGCAGUGCCGAACGGACAACCGCCAAGCGCCGCCCGCUACAUGCCUCGGGAGGUGCCGCCGCGAUUCCGUUGCCAGCAGGACCACAAAGUGUUACUGAAACGUGGGCAGCCCCCUCCGCCAUCCUGUAUGCUCCUUGGGGGUGGAGCAGGGCCUCCCCCCCCAACAGCACCAGGAGCAAACCCAAACAACGCACAACCAGUGACAGGAGCACUGCUGCAGAGCGACAGUGGGACUGCAACAGAUUCAACAAUUGGAGGUGCUGCUGCUUCAAAUUAUGCAAAUUCCACUUGGGGUCCUGGAGCCUCCUCCAACAGCGGCACCAACGCCAACCCAACUCACAUCUGGGACAAGGUGAUUGUAGACGGGUCUGACAUGGAAGAGUGGCCUUGUAUUGCCAGCAAAGAUGCUGAGUCUUCUUCCGAAAACACCACCGAUAACAACAGUGCCUCGAACCCUGGCUUGGAGAAGAACGCUCUGCCAGGAAGCACCACUAGUAACAAAGGAAAAGGAAGCCAGUGCCAGUCUGGAAGCGCUGGAAACGAAUGUAAUCUUGGGGCCUGGAAAUCUGAUCCCAAGGCUAAAUCUGUUCAAUCUUCCAACUCUGCUGCCGAGAGUAACAAUGGACUAAGUAAUUGGAGGAACUUGACUGGACAAGAUAGAAUUGGUCCUGGUUCUGGCUUCAGCAACUUUAACCCAAAUAGCAACCCAUCUGCUUGGCCGGCACUGGUUCAGGAGGGCAGUUCUAGGAAAGGGACUUUGGAAUCUGAUAGUGGUAGCUCCAAUGCACAGAUUAGCACAGUAGGUCAGACCUCUAGGGAACAGCAGUCAAAGAUGGAAAAUGCGGGUGUUAACUUUGUCUCUGGCAGAGAACAGGCUCAAAUUCAUAACACUGAUGGACCAAAAAAUGGAAACACUAACUCCUUGAACUUAAGUUCACCAAACCCUAUGGAGAAUAAGGGAAUGCCCUUUGAAAUGGGCUUGGGGAACCCUUCCAGGAGCACUGACACCCCUUCACAAAGCACUGGAGAAAGAAAGACUGGGAGUGUUGGAUCUUGGGGUACAGCUAGGGGGUCUUCUGGAACUGACACAGUCUCUGGACAGAGCAAUUCUGGAAACCAUGGGAACAAUGGGAAGGAUAGGGAGGACUCCUGGAAAGGAGCAUCUGUUCAAAAACCUAAUGGGUCAAGAAGUGAUUCUUGGGAUAACAAUAACCGGUCUACGGGUGGUGGGUCUUGGAACUUUGGCCCUCAGCAUGCAAACGAAGGCAAAUGGGGUGAAGGGAACAAAUUAACAUCUGGGGUCUCUCAGGGAGAAUGGAAACAGCUGUCUGGGUCUGAUGAACUGAAGAUUGGAGAAUGGAGUGGUCCAAACCAACCAAAUUCUAGCACUGGAGCAUGGGACAAUCAAAAAGGCCACCCUCUUCCUGAAAACCAAGGCAAUUCCCAGGCUCCCUGUUGGGGAAGAUCUUCCAGCUCUGCGGGAAGUGAGGUUGGAGGUCAAAGCACUGGAAGCAACCACAAAGCAGGAAGUAGUGACAGUCACAAUUCUGGACGCCGAUCAUACAGGCCUACACAUCCCGAUUGCCAGGCAGUCUUGCAGACUUUGCUGAGCAGGACUGAUUUGGACCCCCGAGUGCUUUCAAACACUGGCUGGGGCCAAACUCAAAUUAAGCAAGAUACCGUGUGGGAUAUUGAAGAGAUGCCACGGCCCGAGGGGAAGUCUGAUAAAGGAACUGAGGGGUGGGAGAGCUCUGCCACACAGACAAAGAACUCAGGGGGCUGGGGCGAUGUACCCAGCCAAAGCAAUCAAAUCAAGUCUGGAUGGGGUGAGCUCUCAACCCCAACAGAGUGGAAGGAUCCCAAAAAUACUGGAGGAUGGAAUGACUAUAAGAACCCCAAUUCUUCUAAUUGGGGAGGGGGAAGACCAGAAGAAAAAUCGUCGUCUUCUUGGAAUGAAAGCUCUAGUAAGGAUCAGGGGUGGGGUGGACGGCAACCUAAUCAAGGAUGGUCUUCUGGAAAGAACGGUUGGGGAGAGGAAGUUGACCAAACAAAAAACAGCAACUGGGAAAGUGCAGGAAACAAGCCAGUGUCUGGUUGGGGUGAAGGUGGGCAAAACGAGAUUGGAACUUGGGGUAACGGUGCAAAUACAGGCUCUGCUUCAAAGGGUGGAUGGGAUGAUUGUAAAAGAAAUUCAACAUGGAACGAGACGGGUCGACAGCCCAACUCCUGGAACAAGCAGCAGCAGCAGCAGCACCAGCAGCAACAGCAGGAGACUUCUGGUUCCUGGGGUCCAUCACCACAAACUCCAAGUAAUGGGCGACCUCCAAACCCAAACUGGAACAGCGGACCGCAACCAGCUGCCCCCAAAGAUGAGGAGCCUAGUGGCUGGGAAGAACCUUCUCCACAGUCAAUCAGUCGAAAAAUGGAUAUUGAUGAUGGCACUUCAGCGUGGGGAGAUCCUAGCAGUUACAACUACAAGAAUGUGAACCUGUGGGACAAGAACUCGCAAGGAGGACAGGCCCCACGGGAACAGAGCCUGCCUACUCCAAUGACUGGCAAAUCACAAGCAUCAGUCUGGAGCAAAAGCACUCCACCUGCUCCAGAUAAUGGUACGUCCGCCUGGGGUGAGCCAAAUGAAACCAGUCCCGGGUGGGGUGAAGUAGAUGAUACAGGAGCAUCGACAACAGGCUGGGGGAAUGCACCUUCCAACGCCCCGAAUGCCAUGAAAUCUAGAGUCCGUGCAGCUGCUAUGAAGGUUUCAGCUCAACUAAAGUCAUGUUCUAAAUCUAUGCAAGAUGGCUGGGGAGAGAGUGAUGGGCCAGUGACAGGAACGCGUCACUCCAGCUGGGAAGAGGAGGAGGAGGGAGGAGUCUGGAACACAGCAGGCUCUCAGGGAAGCAGUUCCUCCCACAACUCAACAAGCUGGGGACAAGGAGGAAAGAAAACACAAAUGAAGUGCUCAUUAAAAGGAGGAAAUAGCGAUUCAUGGAUGAACCCUAUAUCCAAACAGUUUUCAAAUAUGGGCUUGCUAAGUCAAACUGAGGACAUUCCAGGCAGUAAGAUGGACUUGUCUGUAGGUGGUCUCCCAGAUAAGAAGUUUGAGGUAGAUAAACGAGCCAUGAAUCUCGGGGAUUUUAAUGACAUAAUGAGAAAGGAUCGAUCUGGGUUCCGUCCACCUAAUUCCAAAGACAUGGGAACUACAGAUAGUGGGCCUUAUUUUGAGAAGCUGACUUUGCCUUUCUCCAAUCAAGAUGGGUGCCUUGGGGAUGAGGCUCCCUGCUCUCCCUUCUCCCCUUCUCCCAGCUACAAGCUGUCUCCCUCUGGUUCCACACUAUCCAACGUCGGCCUUGGGGCAAUCGGCUCAGGGCUCAGUCCCCAAAACUUCGCUGCUAGACAAGGUGGCAAUCAUGGUUUGUUUGGAAACAGCACAGCACAAUCGAGGGGCAUGCACACACCAGUGCAGCCACUAAAUCCUUCCCCCAAUAUCCGGGCGCAAGUGCCUCCCCAAUUUCUUUCUCCCCAGGUUUCGGCCUCCAUGCUCAAGCAGUUCCCCAACAGUGGCUUGAAUCCAGGUCUUUUCAAUAUGGGGCCCCAGCUUUCUCCGCAACAGAUUGCCAUGCUGAGCCAGCUUCCACAGAUUCCUCAGUUUCAAUUAGCAUGUCAGCUCCUCCUUCAGCAGCAGCAGCAGCAGCAGCAGCAGCUGUUACAGAGCCAGAGGAAGUUAUCUCAAGCUGUGCGACAACAGCAGGAGCAACAGAUUGCUCGUAUGGUGAGUGCCCUCCAGCAGCAGCAGCAGAGACAGCCUGGUAUGAAGCAUUCACCAUCCCACCCUGUCGGGCCUAAGCCGCAUAUAGACAGCAUGGUACCCAAUCCCUUGAAUGUGGGUCUCUCAGAUUUACAGACCAAAGGGCAAAUACCUGGAUACGGUUCAGGCUUCGGCUCAAGUGGCAUGGAUUAUGGCAUGGUGGGAGGGAAAGAAGCUGGAACAGAAUCCCGCUUUAAACAGUGGACUAUGAUGGAAGGGCUGCCCUCUGUGGCUUCUCAAGAUGCCAAUAUGCACAAAAAUGGUGCAAUAGUGCCCCCUGGAAAGGCUCGCGGAGGAUCGCCCUACAACCAGUUCGACAUAAUUCAGGGCGACCCACUAGGUGGCCAUGCAGGCCCUGCUGGUGAUAGUUGGUUACCUGCCAAAUCUCCACCGACGAACAAGAUCGGAAGUAAAUCCAGCAACGCCAGCUGGCCUCCAGAGUUCCAACCAGGAGUGCCAUGGAAAGGUAUACAAAACAUUGACCCUGAAUCGGACCCCUAUGUGACCCCUGGAAGUGUGCUGGGGGGGACAGCCACAUCUCCCAUUGUAGAUACUGACCACCAACUUCUGCGGGACAACACCACAGGGUCUAAUUCUUCCCUCAACACCUCGCUGCCUUCACCUGGUGCCUGGCCCUACAGUGCCUCUGACAAUUCCUUCACCAACGUUCAUAGCACUUCAGCAAAAUUCAGUGAUUACAAAUCAACAUGGUCCCCAGAUCCCAUAGGACACAAUCCCACUCAUCUCUCCAACAAGAUGUGGAAAAACCAUAUUUCCUCAAGGAACACUACAGGGCUGCCCCGCCCGCCUCCUGGCCUGACCAACCCCAAACCAUCAUCUCCAUGGAACAGCACAGCACCCCGAUCGGUCAGGGGCUGGGGGGCACAGGACUCAAGGCUUGCCUCUGGUGAGAAGAAUCAUCUGAUAGCACCAUUGAUCAGACCUGAGGAGUGUACGUUUUACAGCACUAAUGGUUUGGAGGAAAGAAAGUUGCAGUUGCCUGCAUCUACUUGGAGUGAUGGUAGCUCAGUUCGUCCUAGUUACUGGCUGGUUCUUCACAAUCUCACUCCACAGAUCGAUGGGUCAACCUUGAGGACGAUCUGCAUGCAGCACGGCCCACUGCUGACAUUCCAUCUGAACCUGACCCAGGGCACCGCCCUCAUCCGAUACAACACCAAACAGGAGGCGGCCAAGGCCCAGACUGCACUGCACAUGUGUGUGUUGGGAAACACUACCAUCCUGGCUGAGUUUGCCACAGACGAAGAGGUUAGUCGCUUUCUGGCACAAGCUCAGCCCCCUACACCUGCAGCAACCCCAAGUGCACCCACGGCAGGCUGGCAAUCCCUGGAGACGGGACAGAACCAGACAGAUCCAGUUGGACCUGCUUUGAAUCUCUUUGGUGGGUCAACAGGGCUUGGGCAGUGGAGCAGUGGUGGCGGCGGCGGCAGCAGUGGGGGCGAUCUCACUGGCGCUUCAUUGUGGGGGCCCCCAAACUAUUCUUCAAGCUUGUGGGGGGUCCCAAGCGUAGAGGAUCCACACAGAAUGGGCAGCCCUGCUCCCUUACUACCUGGAGACCUUCUGGGAGGAGGGUCGGAUUCAAUCUGAACUUAGAACUUUCAACUCUGACCUCGUGACCUUUUUUGGAACAGCAGCAGCACUAACUUGACCUUUUCGUUUUUUUCAACUUGCAAUAAAUACAUUUAUAAAAGGAAAAAAGAAAACGGAGAGAGAAAAAAAGGUGGGUCAUUGACAGACUGUCUGAGCACAUAGUUGCCUCCCUUAUAUAACUUCAGUUUUUUCGUUUGGAAUAUGAAUCCAAAAAGAGAACAUAUCACUCUUGAAAUACUUGAAUCAUGAACGCCAACUUAGAAAGACAAUGUGAAGCAAGUACACAUACCAUUUAAAUCUAAACACAAAAAAUUAAAAAAAUUAGUUUCUAGUUUUUCACUUUUUCAUGUUAUACGGAAGUUGUUGCUAAGAAACAUAUAUACUGAAAAAAUAGCUUUUUAACUUUGUUUGCACUGGGUGUGUUUCCGUCCUUAGGUCUACCAUGUUGGGUUGGGGCAGGGGUGGGAUUCAAAAGAAAAAAAGGGGUGGGGGGGAGGGGAAGACUUGACGGAGCCUCACUUUAAAAACAAAAAACAAAAUAAUAAUUAAAAAAUAAAAAAAUGAAAAAACAACAAAAAAAAACAAAACAGAAAACAAAACAAAAAAACCAACACUUCGUGAUUGGCUGGUUGAUAAGUACCAGUAUGUUCUGGCACAUGUAACUGCCCACGUGUGCUUGUUUCUGUGUGAGUGCGUGUGCACAUGUUCGUGUGUGUGCAUUUUUUCUCUAUAUAUAUAAUCUUGAAACGCUGCAUUGCUGAUGGUCUACGGGCUGGCUGGCCAUCUGCGUGUCUUGAUUCUGAAAACAAGACAAGCACGGUGGAGUCCCUGUGGCUGAAGCAGAAUCCAGUUGGGCUGGAUUAAAAUUUGUCAGUAGGUUUUUUUAAAUUCAUUUUAGCAGGGUGCUAUCUCAAGUUUGCAGAUCAUACUGAGUGGGUAGUCGCUUCCUAGCCCUUGUUCUAAGCCUGUGGUAGAGCGGAACACUGCCAUAUCCAAAGGAUUUGGUGAGAGGGGAGCCAAUGUUGUCUUUUGAGUAGCAGUGUAUUUAUUUAUUUAUGUCUGCAUGUGGGGUUUUUGUACUGAGUGAACCCUAGAAUGUUUGUUAUAUAAUGCAAGCCAUUUUUUUUCUUCAGAAGAGGGGAGGAAAGAAGUCAUUGCCAUUUUUGUGUGACAAAGACGAAUGUUCUUACUCAGUCUCUUGCAAGCUUCAGUACCUUGAAAGAAAAAGAUGAGCGUUUGUUUUCUCCCCCGAAUGCAUAAACAAGCACCCGUAUUCAUUUGCAAAGAAUCCAUCAAAACCCUGAAAGUCCAGCCCAACCAAAUUAGCCUUUAAUUGAUUUACUGCUUGUAUUAAAACUGACAAAAAUGAAAUCGUGUCAGCAAAUCGCUGGCCGGCCUGCCUCAUCUCCUGAAAGCACAUGCAGCUAACUCCUUUCUGCGUCUUCACGGUGAGCGUUACCUGUGCCAGGCCUUGGUGUAUUACAACGCCAGACCAUCACUGACAGAAACGUUUACUUACGAAUGUUCUUAAACCAGUGUGUACUUCAAACGUUUCCUUUUGUUUCUCUGUGUUGUGUUUUUUCCUGUGUACGUGGUUUUGCUUAGGGAGGUAUAUAACUAGCAAAGACUUUUUUUUUUUUUAAAGUAUUGCACCUUUUUGUUUUUUUGUUUUUACUUUUUCUGUACUGUUGCUUUUUAAUUUCUGUAUUUAAGGAAAGGUUUGGGGUUUUUUUUAGCAUCAGUGUAAGUAGUACCCUGGGCAGGAUAGGGGUAACCUAUAUAAUCCACAGUGAUAGCCAGUGUGUGCGUGCAUGUGUGCGCCGGGAACAAAACUUCCAAGACUGCUUGUUGGGAGGCGACUUGCAGCAGCCUUGAAGGAGCAUCCCUUUACACAAAGCCAGAAGUCUUUAGGAGGGGGGACUGGGAAAAAAGGGAAGAGAGAUGCCGGUACUUUUUCUGUAAGUGCUAGCACUUCCGCGUGGCGUUGUCUAGCUGUCAUACUGUGUAACGAAGUGCCGACGUUGAGUACCAGCAGAUACCUGUCCAUUCCAACCCUCAGCGGGAGCAGUUCUCUGUUUUCAUUGCCUGUCCGGGGGGGGGAGGAUAGGGGAGCCUCUUUCUUCAGCGUUUCAUUGAAGGAUACAACAGUGUCUAUUACAUUUAACUCUUAAGUUGGGUGGGGAGAAGUAAAAGCAGAUAGGAGUGAGGUAGGGGUGUGUGUGUGCGUGUGCGUGCGUGUGCCUGUGCUGGGGCGGGGGGAAGGCCUAGGGAGUUACGUGGCUUUUUUGAAUUCGCCCUUUCUGUGUAAACCCAAUGUCACAAGGAAGGCUGACUGAGGGAAAUGCUGCAUUUACACAUGCCUGUAGAUUCGUAUGCAAAGUGUUAUGUGACAAAAAGUAUGAGUAGGUUCGUUUUUGCUUAGUAAACUGGAGCGUGCAGCAUACUCUGGCCCCGUUUGGAUAUACUUUCCUAUCACGUCUCCUUCAUCCCACCAUGCACAAAGAAACAAAAACCUUCUCUUCCAGCUCCUGCUAGCUAGCUGCCCCUUGCUUGCACGCAUCUGCAAAGCUUCGCUUCCAAUAGCCUCCGCUUGAAGACCGGCCACGCUCCCACACGCAGAGCAGGUGUCGAGCAGCCCUGUGCCAGCAGUACUUCCUAGCGAAGCGCCUAACGAAGGGCCCGAGUCGAGCAAGUGCCCGUCCUCUCCCGUGGUUUGGUCUACGUGCUGGUUCAUCGCUGUGCUCCACCCUCACUUCUCUCUCCCAGCCUGCCCUAAGGUCCCUUUUCCUGCACUUUGGGUUAGUUGAGUUCCUUGCGAUACUACGGUGAAAGCCGGGUGCUAGAGCCCCUCUUGUUUACAAGACGUAAUGAGGGAUUUGAAAUAUUUAAAAAAAAAAAAAAAAAAGAAAAGCUAAAUUGUUCUUCCAUUGUAAGCUUAAAGGGAAAAAAGAUUAAAACGUACAAAAAAAAAAAAGACCAAAAAGUGCAUAUAUAUAUUUUAGAUGAAGACUAACUCUGGGAGCAUUUAACAGUGUUUUUGUUUUUAUUUUAACAUUUUGUUUUCCUGCUUUAAAUUUGCAAGCAUUCUCAGGAAUUCUAGGGUAGGAAGCCAGUUUUUUGAAGAUGGUUUAUUUAACCUUAUCCUAGAUAGAUGGCUGUUUCUUGUUGAUAAACUUUUACAAGUUCCUGAAUCUUCAAAAUGUUUGAAAGUUUUUACUUUAAAAUAAAAAUGCUAAAAAAAUUAAUAAAAAGAAAAAGAAAAAAAAAGAAAAAAAAUCUCCAAAUGUUACUGUCAAGCGGGGGAUCAAGGAUUUGAAAGACUGUAUAAGUUAAAAUACGUCAAAACUUCUCAAGAUCAGCAACAGAAAUCCAUUGUGAUCUGAAGUUGGGGGAGAGGAAGGGUUAUCGUUCGUAGUGCUGUGUCACUCACGCAGACAUACGCAGUUGCAUGGAGAAGAGAAGUGCGUGAAUGAAAAUCUAUCACUUUGUUCCCUUUCGAUUGAAACUAAAAUAUUCUUCCAAGCACCUUUUUCAAAGCAAAGUGAAACUGUAAACCUAACAAAAAAUGCAGUAUAGUUUAUCCGAACGAGUCCUCAGUUAGGGGUAGCAGCAGGAAAUACACGAUGGUGCUUCUUUAAACCACUUGUAAGUAGUGCUAAAGAAAACCAGUGCUGACAGAAAACCCAAGAAUGAAGUAGUUUGAGCCUGCCUUUUCCCAUACAGAAAAGGGAGGCGAUGCGGAAAAACUCCAGUAAAACGUCCCUUAGAAAUCAACUUCGCUGUUUUCAGCUCUUUGCUCAGUUUUAUUGCCCACUUGGAGAUUUGCUGCUUGCUUUUCUUCACCCCCCAGCCCGCCCCCCCGACCUUUCUGUUUUGUUUUACAGGAGGGGAAAAGCUGUUAAAACUCUUGUGUUCCCCCUAUUGCUGCUGGCUGUCAGGGCGUUCGGUCUUGAACUCGAGAGCUCGGUGCUGGGACGGCUGCCUUCUGGCCCCCAGCUCCAAGGCUCGGGGGCUCGCUCCGCCUGAAGUGGCCAGGCUCGAACCACAGAAACCGCGCUAGUGCCUUUUUCCACGCACCCGCAUGCCCUACGGUAGGGGAAGGGAGGGAAGGCGAGGCAGUAGAGUUGCUUAAUGGAAAUGUACCCGCUUUUAAAGAAAAAAAAAAAAAAAAGAGCAUGCUGCGUAAGCAGGUCGUGCGUCGAGUUACAUAACAGUAGUUAGGAUUACUGGUUAAAAAAAGUCAGAUGCCAAAUUUCUGUGCUUUCCGUAUCAGUUGCCCAGUGGUUUCGUGUUGUGCUCUGUGUACAUAUGAGUGUAUACGUGUGUGUCGAUUCCAAUGCAUCAACUAAUCUGGAGGAAAAAAAAAAUAUGUAUGGUAGGCCAGUAGAGGAGCGUUCAUUUGGGAGUUCAAGAUUAUUUUUAAUUUUAUUUUGUGAUUUUUAAGGAGAGAAAAUGAGUAUUUUUUUUAGCCAGAGGCUGUGUUUUCAUCAAACCAGCGGUGUCCUAAAAAAGCAGAAAUGUAGGAUUUUAUCAAAAAAGAGCCCAGGAGCUUGGCAGUCACUUGGAAGUGAAUUGUGACUGCUGAAGGCUUGCAGCCUGGAGCCUCAGUCAUCUGCUGGGUCCAAACCUACUGUCAUGCAGCAGUCCUCUCCUCCGUGCCCUAAAGGCACAGGCCUGCGAAUGAUGCUGACCAUCUCCUCAGUGAUAGUUUUCCUGAAUUGUCAAAGCAAAGCCACGUUAAUCUUACUGCUUUCCAACUACAGGUGACAGUUCUCUUCCUCUUUGAAUUCUGUGUAGCUAACAGUGAUGUUGCUGGUGCGGCGCAGUCCUGGCAUCCCUAACCUCUGCCAAGGAUUUCUGAGCACCCUGCUAACCAGACUCCUCUCCUGGGGACAACCAUUGCUCAAAUGUUGCUAAUACUCUACUACUAUUUGAGCUCCUAACAGCAAAAGGACAGCAAGAAUUGGUGUAUUUUGAGGCUUUUACGAAACUGUUCCAGGGAAGGAAUUAGCAGCAGCAUCAUCUUGUUUAAAACAUUGACAAGGCAGGGAAAAGGAGCUGCAGAAAACAUACCUAUGUCCUUUUUUUAAAAAUUAUUAUUAUUUUUUUAAUUUUCUCAAGCUACAGAGAACACUAUCAUUCUGUUCCUGGUAUUGGUUCUCAAGAUUAUACAGUUUAAAUAUAUAUGUACUUUGCAGGUGGUUUCAGAUUUCCUGCUUUUUUGUUUUGAAUCUUUCAGUGCUACAUUUUAGCAGUCUUCUAAACAAGUACCCAUUUGUUACGGGCCUCUUGGCUCACCCCCCAGCCUGCAGCCUACAUCAAGCUGGGGCUUUUUAAUAGGUUUGACGUUUCCUCACUCCGUUUGAGAAUUUCAUUUUAGCCAUGGUAACAAAGCCUAGUAAGCAAAAAAAAAUAUAUAUAAAGAGGAGCGGGUGCAGCUCAGAAACCUGUGUUGAGACCUCUGACACUUAUUUUGGAAAGCAGGUUUAAUAUAUACGUUGGAAGACUCGCCAGCUUUUUCCAGUGUUUUUGUACUUCCCUGGACACUUGGCCAGCAGUCUUGAGAGCGUUUGUUUUUUUUUUUUUUUGCUGUUUUUUCCCAAUCACAGGGUGUCAGGGUUUUCUUACAAGUUUUUUAUUUUGCUUCGGGUUAAGUGGUGUGUGUAGUGUGCAAGAAUAUUAAACCAAGUGUGUUUUUCCUUUGCAAUAUAAACAAGAUGUUUUCAACAAACUGGCUGGGAUAACCACCUCAAAGAUGAAAUAACAAUGGAACCUUUAUAUUAAGUUGGCUUUUUUUUUUUUUACCUACCAUUAACUUCUAAACAUUUAGUCUUUAGAACUUUUUCCCUAAUCUUUUUCUUCCUAAAAAAUGCUGCCACAUCUUCCACUGUUUGUCUUGAUAGUGCAUCCAAGUAGUACUGUAGGAGUUUUGUUUUGUUGCUUCAUUCUUUUAUUAUGUUUACCUCUUAGGCUUCUAAAUUUGUUCAUGCAUUUUCUUUUCCUUUUGACUUUAGGAAGGAGUACUGUAUGUGUUUCUGAGAUACCCAAUUUUGGUCAAGUCUAGUCUUGGAAACUGGUCAUCCUCAUGUAAAUGAGUCCCGCUGACCCGAAAUGAGCGUGUACUGCUCAAGUAAGGGCUCUUUGUGCAAGUAAACCUUAGCUGGACCAGGGUCCAGGUAGCAGCUGAGGACCUGUUACAUUUCCAAAGCAGCAAAGAGAUCAGUGUUGUAUAUCUCACAUUCACUGUAACUCAUGUGACCUUACCAUCCAGGUUUCUCUAAGUGGAUUGAAAUGCUGGUUUUGUGGCAGAUGGUUAGCACCUCAGGGUAUGGGUCCUGAUUGAGUAGAAGGUAAUUUUUCUUCUCUUGAAAGCGGAGAGGUUCUCCAGGAACUCCCUGGUCCCCCCCAGGAGCAGCUUUCUUAUCUGUAAAUGUGUGCGUGUAUUCAUGGGCAGGAAAGUAAUCCUGAGAAAACUAAGUUGAAAUGAAUUCAAAAAAAACAAAAGCUGUUGAAAUGCAACUUUGGUCCUGAAUCUGAAACAACAUAUGCAGAAUCUGUUGCUGUGACUAAAUUGACUUUUUGCACAAAAUACCGUUUCAGUUUUGUACAGUUUACCUGCUACAGUUUUGCAAUGACAGAAACCUUAUUGCCUGAUGCUGUUAGAUCAUAUCAGUCAUUCCUGCUGUGAUCAAAAUACAGAUGUCUGAAGUCCAAAUCCUUGUCUUUUUCCUUCACCUCCGUUACAAGGCUUCUCAGUGCAGCAGAAGGAUAUUAGCAGUAAUGGAGGAAAACUUGUAAAGCUUCCCUGGCGUUGACAAACCCCACUUCCCUGCUGUGCUGAAUUCAUAUCCAAACCUAAAAUGCAAACCCUGAACGAUGCUGGAGCAGAGCUGUUGGUUGGACUAGACGGCAGGAGCCUAACUGGAGAUCUUUAGCAGUCUUGCUAGUUGGUGUCCCUCACGAUGUUUUCCCCAAGUGUCCUGUCCCUGUAAAUACCAGUGUUGAUGAAUUUUACCAAAGUUCCUCUGUGGUAGGUGAUAGGAAACAGCCAGGUCCAUCUCGUAGUGACUCUCCAAGCAGAGCUUUGUCUACAGUAGGAGUCAAGGGUCCGUCUGUCUACACUGCUGUUAAAACUGAGUCAGGGUCCUGUUAAAAUAUAGCUCUCUGUUUUGUGGUGUACUUGGAACUUUAAACCUUGUGCUACAGUGACUAGAGCUUCUAAUCCUUAUGUGAAAAGUGAUUUAAGGUUUCAUCUGUGAUACAAAAAAGCACCACAGCUCCUGACCAGGUGGAGUCUGUUGUUAAAACUGUCAUCAGGCCAAGGUAGACCCAGCUUCACCCGUGGCACGCAGCAGCCGACAUCCCUUCGCUUCCACGGUUUGCGUGCGCGUUUUCAUUGAGCUAUGCAGGAAAGUUUCUCUCUAAAAAUCCUCCAGGAUCCUGUGCUACGUGAGCAAGCUUCUAACAAUUCAAGUGCCCUCUGCAAAGAGCCAUUUUCACCCCAUGUGUGUGUGGCAGUUGGGACUGGUGACAUUCAGCAGUGUUAGUGCUCCUGUUAACGUCGUAGCGAGAAAGGGAGUUUUGUGACUCGACUCUGACAGCCCUUUCGUACGUGAACACAGAGCACUCCGGGGAAGGGGGGGAGAAGGACGAACGCGUUGUGCCAGCCAGCAUUAAGUAUUUUUGCAGCAAACACUCUUGACUGUGGUGGACAGAGGGGAAGGGAGGAGAUGGGAGAAGUUUGCCUGGAUGCGCAAUACAAGGAGGCAGUGCAUAGCGAGAAACAUUUCCUUGAGCACUAAACGCCUCAUCUUGGGUAUUAGUGUGUGUUGUCACCUUCACAGAACUCAUUUCUUCAAUUUUUUAAAGGUUUUUUUUUUGUAUUUUUUUUUUCUUCUUAAACUGAGACAAAGUGGAAGCUUCAGUAAGAGCAGGUUGCACAGCUUGCUAGAAUAGCUAUUUUAGUGACAUGGUUAUGAUAUUAUGUGCUUGCUUUCCCCUCCCUCUCCCUGCCAGAUACGGCUUACCCUUUCUAUAUAAGGCGUCAAGUGUGGGUUUUUUUGUUUUGUUUUGGGGAUGCGUGGAGAAGAAGCAAAAUGAAGUGAAAAAUGCAAGCCAAGGUAGAACAGCCUUACUUUAGGGGGGUAGCCUUACAACAGAGCUUUAUAGUGAGUGUGCUGUAUUCCAAAAUAUGUAAGCCAAAAACAAAAAAAAAAGCAUUCAUUUAUGCAAAAAAAAUCAAAAAGAGGUGUUGGAAGACUUCUUUAAUAUGUACCUUCUAAAGGUAGCGUAAGGUCUCACCAAGUGAUACGUUAUCGUGAUACUUCUUGCUGGGUCAGUAGGGAUGGGUCGGGGUAUAAGCGCUUAAUGUUUUCCUCCUUCUAUGUUUUUACAAGCAGUAAGUUAAAUGUGGUAUUUAUGAAUGUGCCUUUGUGAGUAUAGUGACUAAUUGAGGAGACCGCUUGGGCUGGAGGGGAGACAAUGGUCAAUUUAUUCUUUCAAGAGGUCAGACGUUGAGAUUCCAGCCCACUGGUCCCUUUCGGCAAGCAGCAUCUUUGGGCUGGUCUCUACACUGCACAAUACGUAUUCAUAUGUGGUAGAGAUCGGGGUGGGGGGCGAGGAGGGACGUCGUGUGAUGCACAGAAGCUGUUGGUAGUUUUAGGCUAGGCUGCCGUUGCAGGUUGAGUUUGUACAUGUACUACGUGGCUUCUCUUUACGUUGGUGUGCAUGAGUGUGAGUGCGUGUGGCUUUAUUUUUUUGUAAGCACUGGAGAAUUGAAACACAGUGAUGUUUGAGACAAAUUUAUACAUGUAGACAAGAUGAUGUUUUGUAGCUUCUGUUAAAUAGUGGGUGCAGGCACACUUUUAUCCUCUGUCCGUGUCCUGAUAAGAGAAACAGGAAAAUUUAUUUUUUUCAACCCUUCAACUUCCAGCACACUUAAUGUUGCCAUUUAAAUGAACAGGGUAUUACACAAGAAGAAAAAGAGGUUUUGAAAUGGUGAGGUAGAAGUGUUUAAAAGGAAAAAAAAAAAAUCUGAAGUAAUUUUUUGUUUCUUCAAAGCUAUUUGUAGCUAAACAUGGGAAUCUGCAGUGUCUCCUUCCAUUUGUUUUUUUUCUAAUAAUUCACCUCUUCGUCCCACCCAAACCGAGGUGUACGAGAUCAAGAGCUGUUGCUGUAGCCACUCGCAAUUCCCACCCUGAAAAGCAACUCCAGUGGGAUCCCUCAGCUCUAUUCAGGAAGACAAAGAGAGGAGAGACUCUGCAGUUUUCUUUGCUUCGCUCUCAUUCCUCUCUAAUGGCCUUGAAAUGUAUUAUUAUGCAAAUGUGAAUUUUGAUACUGAACUUAAGAAGAGGUUGUUUGUUCUUUUUUCAAAAAAAAAAAAAAAAAGGUCCCAUAUGUGGUCAGCAUUGCUUCUUUAUUUUGUAAGUGAAUUGUAAACUAUGCAUUCUGCAAAGGGGGCGUAGGGGACGAAGAUAGCUUUGCUAAACUGUUCAGGAGUUUCUGUGUCCAUGGUAGAUCCGCUACAGUUUGGGGGGGUGGUGAAGUGAUAACUUGGAAAUAGAAAGGAGUUCGUAAGAACUUCUCAUGGUCGGAAUUUGGCCACUGGGCAGAGAUUUGGGGAAACAAAGGUCAACUACAAAAGAAAAUUGGCUCCAAACCUGCUGCAGGAUUGUCAAUUGUAGCCAUGCAGUGUUAACCCAGGGCCAGUAGGGUGACUGGGACACCAGCUCUACCUGGGGAGCGAUCCGCCGCUGCCUCCUGUGUUCUGGCCCCAGUCAAGCUCAGGAAAACACGGUGCCGUAGGCACUGGCUUCUUUGGAUUUACUACUCGCUUUCCAUUAUAACAGUCUUGCACUCUCCCAGGAGAAUUGGGACGCAGCUGGUCCUUCUGUCUACACCCUCUUUUCCCUAAAAUUUUCAUUGCUGCUGUUCCUGGCACAGGUCGAAUGGUGGCGGCACAGCUAUGGACAAGGCGGUGGAGGUGGUACUGGUAGUGCUGAUCAAGGCAUGACCGUGAGGGUUGCAUUUUUCAACAUUGGCAGUGUGUGAAAUUUUGGGGAAUGUAGACUGAUGUGUAGACAAGGCUCUGUUGAAAGGAAAGGAUCUUUUCAUCCAUUAAGUGGUUGGUAGCAUAAUGGGCAAAAAAGGAUUCACUUCCGCACAUCUCCAAAAUGCAGCCAUUGUGUGAAUUUCUUGCGUUCCUUGAAGCUCGCUGAGCUUCCAGGAGCAAUCUCCUCAGAAAAGUGUAGAUCUCGCUGCCCUCUUCAUCAUCUUACUAGGGACCCUUUGUUGACUUGACUUUUUCCUUCGUCCAUGGUGUACCAUGGUACCUGCAUUAUCCUUGGCAUUAUCUUAGAUGUAAUAUCAUAAACCGAGAGGUUAUCCUGCCUGUAUUCAGUGUUUUCAUGCAGCAAUUUUAUUUUUGUUGACGUUCACAGUACUGUAAUAAGUAAGAGACUUGAUGAUCACUCUCGCAUCUGCGCCUGCCUUGCAGAUGCGAUCUUAUCAGGGUUCCACUCUGUCAGAUUGCCUUCAACAAAAAAAAAUUUAAAAAAAGGAAAAAAAAAAUCUGAAGUUUCAACUCACAAAAAUACCUCGUGGUACAUUUCCCCUUCUGACGUAACCAUUUAAAUCUUAACAUUUUCUUCUAAACUUAAUAGGUUUUCAUUUCCAUCUGUUGUCUCCUUUCUAAAAAAGAUGCUUGGAAUAGUGGUUUUGAGCACAGGACCAGAAGCCUGGAACUCCUGACUUUGAACAUUGGCCCUUAUUCUUCCCUCUUUGGCCUUGGGCAAGUCAUUGAACUUCUUUGCCUUUGUUUUUUCAUUUGGAAAACAGGGGUGAUAAUAAUACUUACCUACCUCACAGGGGUUUUGUGAGGAUCAAGUAGUACAUGUUUGUAAAGUGCUUUAAAGAUUAAAAGCAUGAUAGAAGUAUUAAGAGUUCUUACAGCAAGAUAGCUCAGUUCUUUUUACAUUGUUUGCUUGUGUGGAGGGAGAGAACCUACGACAUUUUCUGUGAUUAAGCCAUUAGACACUCAGAUCCUGAAUGACAGAAGUUGAUGGAGAUUGUUACUCACGCUCCUCCUGUCUUUGUGCCAGUUUCCUCCUCCUGCUCUUCCUCGUAUCGUUGCACCAGUUUUGCUCCAGGUCACACGUCUCUAGUCAUACUUCUGGAUAAACUUUUGAACUUGAAGUACUUCGAGCUUGCUGCUUCUUUCACCAGAUCUCCACGUUGGAAUCCGUUCGUGUGCUUCUCCCUGCCUUCAAACAGAGUUUUUGCUAAUUGUCAUCCUCCAUCGGGCUCAUCUCCUCCUGCCGCCACGAAGGGGAGGUGGUGGUCUGGGGCUGCAAUACGAAGAGCUGCUCCAGGAGCGAAGGGCACAGCAGCUUCCCAUGGCCUUCCCUGAGCUAACUUCUCGGCGUGUUGUCAGUGACACUUCCAAGUACGGCGUUUCUUUUUGCUCCACGGCAGAAGCCAUCAGCUGCCAGCGAGAUGUAGGAAUAGGGAGCGAUGGUCACUGCUGCCCGCGCGCCUUCCAGCCUCCCACAGCCUCUCCGGGAGCGUUUUGAGGAAAGGAUUGAACCCAGCGGCUGUCAGGGAGCCUCUGCUACUUCCUCCCCUCUCCAGCCCUGUGGUUACCCUUUCUUCUUCCGUGGAUGUGCACCUCAGGGGUGUGCAUUUGAUCCCCCAUGCCUUUGGGCGUUUGGCCUUUGAAACACCAAGGGAAGGGUUUCCGUGUCCGAAACCUCCCCGACGCUCCCCGGUCCUUUGUCCCGCGCUGCUCACUGUGGCCUUAGGAUCAUCCCUGUUGCCAGAUGCCACCUGCUCCAUCUCUGCUCGUACUUGGGACGAAACACACGCAGCGGUCCUGCAGAGAAGGAAGCUGGAGCGAUGCAGGUGCACCCGUGGGGUUUACACACGCGGCCCUUGAGUUUUUGUCACGGCCUGCGGGGCGCGUGCGGAGGAUCUGAGGCGCGAUGCUUUUUCUUUCUCGUUCAGAAAACUGAACAAACGGCAGCGCGGCUGCUGAUGACAACUCUGUAAUGUUUACUUUGGAAGAAAUGUUAGGUAUUUUCCCCCAAAGAACCAAAAAUUAAAAAAAACAAAGUAAUGAAAGUAACCAAAUGUAAACGUCCUAGAGGGAGGGAAGGGGAGGAGGAGAAGCAGUGACGGGGGGAGCACUCUGGUCUAUCCUGAUCUCCACCGCUUGGCUGGAGAUGCGAAAUGCUGCUCUGAGUUCCACAAACAUAAGGGAUUAUGUUUACAAAGGUAAAUGCCUUCUACCUGUUCAGGAAACUGGCUCACGGUGGGCAUCAGACGUCUGGCGAGCUUCUCCUCAUUGCCAGCGGGCAAUGGGAGAAGGGUGUGUCUGGAAGAGGAAUGGAGAAAUAGGUUAAUUUCAUCUAAUCUUUGUAGUAAAGCAGUGCCACCUUCCUCUCUUCUUCUUCAAAAAAAGACAAGCGAAGGGAGGAGGUUGCAGAACAAGAAAAUCGGUGAUGUCCAAACUGGCUGGAUUAGAAAAGGCAGCUUUUCUACUUUGCACAUAACUAGGUAACAGGAAGGUACAGCUCAAGUCCUCUUGCCUGAAACACUGUCCCCCAGAAGCAGACAUUGUAAUAAUAAAACUAGUGGCUGUGUAUAUUGAUGCUCUUCGCAAGUUACCUAUAAGUGUUGUUUUUUUUUUUUUUUCUUAUACUUGAAAUAGCUUCCUCUUAACUAAACUCUCACCGGAGCUCUGGUUUCUCCCCUCCUUCUCCAGCGCGCAGUAAAGCAAACAGAUACAGGACAAACGGGGAGGACGUAGAGGAGAUGCCGCAGUGUCUUGCAUAUAGCCAGGGUUCAUCUUAAUUUCCAUCCCAUACGCUCUCAGCUCUUUGAAUUUCCUUUCCUGAGGGUUUUCCAUGGACACAGAAACUCAGCACUUUACAAGGUGCUCUCGUAUGGCUGGCUGCCCCCCCCCCCCCCUUCUCCUCCUUUUCUAUAUUUUUAUUUUACUUUUAGUAUAGUGGUACUUAAAAUCACUGGUUCACGUAAAAAGAAAAAGAAAAAAAAAAACAACCAACAAUAAAAUGUUUAAACUCUACUAAUGUACAAAUAAGCUGAAAUGUUGCAUUUUAUGUGUAUUUUUGCCAUAGCAGGUACUGUAUUUCUCAUGCUGGAUUUAGAAAAAAAAAAAGAAAAAAAAAAGAGAAAAAAAGAGAAAAAACGAAAAAACAAACAAAAAGGGUGAUGUUUUAUUGGAGUGUGACAAGAGUAAUAAGGAAUUAAGUCGUCGUCAUUUCAUUGAAACUGAGAGAUGGUGUAAUA